UCUGACAGUCCAGCUUACUGAGUAACUGACCUGCUGGACUCCAUGACAACGUACACAACCUACACGAACACCACAGCAGUGGAGUUAUUUCCAUUAGCAUACUGUCAGUUUAACACAGGACAUUACAUAAUUCAAGAAAAUGCCUCCAGAAGGGAAAUCUGACAUGGAGCGGAUUGGCAUCUUUAAAGAGAUGGGAUACAUCUCAAUAGGGGACAAAUACACACCUUUUAUAUACCGCCCAUUUAAUGACGCCGCAUACAAGAACAAACAGAUACUGCCAGGAGGAGCUAAAUCAAAGAGCGCGCUCCCGGCGGGAUACUUCGACGCGCAGUUUAAGAGGAUCUUUGAGAGAGAGGCGCUCACAGACCCUGUCAAAAUAGAAAGACAGUACAGGAUACAACAGAGCAAAAAGAACAUAGGCAAAGCCUUUCUUCCCAGUAACGGAGAGAAAAAAACAUGUGGAGUGGGCAGCUAUUAUGGGACAUUUGGAGGCCCCAUUCAAGCAAUGAGUGCCCUACAGAAUCCAAGGAAACUAAACAAAUCACCUGGAAAAAACUUCUACACCAAUCCACCCAAGAAGGGAAGUGGUUACGGCUUCCCUGACGUCACCCUCUCGAAGAUGGUGUCCCAUUCCUCAGACCCCUAUGACAUAGCCAAGGAAAUGCUAAAGCGUGAGAUCAUGGCACACAAAUCCAUGCUAAAAGGGGGAGCGUUUCGUUUGAACCUUCAUCCAGCUGAAUGCUUUGACAGCAAUCCUUACAAAUUUGACAAACCUCUACCACCUCCAAAGAAGACAGAGAAGAAGAAGCCCAUUACGGUGCCCUUCAAACCAAGUUCGCCCAGUAAAAAGACUGGAGGUAUGAAAGCAGGAACGUUUCAGUCCUACCCUACCUUCUCUGCAGAACCCUAUGGUACCAAAAAGACCAAAUCAGCAAUGAAGAAUAAGGAAGUACAAAUAUUUCAUCCCUCCCCUGGCCCAAAGAGCACACCUGUCAAGAGCAUCAUCAGCCUCAAUGUCACUAAAGCUGUGAACUCCACAAACUACAACCAAAUCCCCUCUGUGAUGGCAUAUUAAGAAUGUGUGAUGUCUUCAGGUGAUUUAAUGAAUGUCCUAUAUUGGUCUUUAGAUUAAAAAGCUACAACUUUGAAUUGUAUUUACAUCAUUCUCUUAACUGAUAAAGAUAAACUCAAAAGACCUCAUGUUUUGCUCAAGUUAACUAAAAGAGCUU